GCCGGGGGAGGGGGCGGGGGAGGGCGGCGCCACCGGCCAAGCGGCGGCGCGUGCAGGAGCCGCCCAGCGGCAUGAUGGAGGAGGUGGCGGAGAUCGGUGAGGGCGGCGGCGGCGGUGAGGGGGUGGGGGAGGGGCCCCUGUCCGGCGCUGUUGAGGAGGAUGGAUCGCUGCCGAGCACCAGCAGCCGCCGCGGCGGCAGGAAGCAGGGCGGAAGGUCGUGCCACCAAUGCAAGAGGGUGAAGCCGCAGCCCGAGGAGAUGAUCAGGUGCCAGCUGUGCGGCGACAAGGUCUACUGCGCCACAUGCAUCAAGAACAAGUACCCGGAGAUGCAUGAUGCGGAGAUUAGAGAUGCAUGCCCUUUCUGUCGAAAAAUCUGCAACUGCACUCGUUGCAAUCGUAUUGCCGAGUCGGAUGGACCCAAGAACUCACUUAUCAGAAGAUGCAACAUCACUAGUUCAGUAAAACGGAAAGUGAGGCCUGCUGCCUCAGGUUUAAGAUUCAAGGUUGGUACUGCGGUGGCAUGGACAAAAACAAAUGAUCAGAUAGAGGCUAACAGUAGGAUAAACAACGAAUCUUCCAUAUUGUAUAAGGCAGAUACUCUAGAUGUCAAAGCUGAUGAGGUUGACGCAGAAACUAAAAACAAAUAUGCCAGCUACAUGCUACAUUACCUGGUUCCACAUUUAACUAAGCUGAACAAGGACCAGAUGAGUGAGAUGGAGAAGGAGGCUAAAAUUCAAAGAUUGGAAUUGUCACAGUUGACUGUAGAGCAGGCUGCUUGCCGGAAUGAUGAGAGAGUAUUCUGUGACAAUUGUAAAACUUCAAUCUUCGAUCUGCAUAGAAGCUGUCCAAACUGCUCAUAUGAAUUAUGCAUCAUCUGUUGUAAAGAGCUUCGUGAAGGCAAACUUAUGGGCUCUUGUGAGGAAGAACUGUUCUCUUAUCCUAAUAGAGGAUCAGACUACAUGCAUGGUGGUAAUGGUGAUCCAGUUUCAGAGUUGAUAAACUACAAAGAAACAUGCAUGUCUAGUGACCAAUCUAAUGACACAAAGUGGUGUGUUGAAUCUGACAUAAUUUAUUGCCCUCCAACUAAAAUUGGUGGAUGUGGUGGUAAACAUGCUCUUAAAUUGAAACAGAUAUUUUCAAAAGACUUGUUGAGUCAACUUGAAGUGAACGCUUUACAAAUGUGUAAGAAAUUAGAACUGUCUGAUAUUAUCAAUAGAGACACAUGUGAAUGCUUGUGUGCUACUGAUCAGGGAAGUUCAAGGAAAGCUGCCAGCAGAGAGAAUUCAAAUGAUAACUACAUAUACUGCCCUGUAUCAGGUAAUGGAAAGCCAGAUGAUCUCACACACUUCCAGAAGCAUUGGGUGAAAGGCGAGCCUGUAAUUGUUCAACAGGUGCUCCAGAAAAUGUCAUGUUUGAGUUGGGAGCCACCAGACAUGUGGUCUAAAGUACAUGGUACCAGCACUAGUCCUGAGAUGAAAAAUGUCAGGGCUAUUGAUUGUUUAUCUUGCUGUGAGGUUGAGAUAUGCACUCAGGAAUUCUUUGAUGGGUAUUAUGAUGGUCGGAUGUAUCAAAAUCUAUGGCCUGAAAUGCUUAAAUUGAAGGACUGGCCUACAUCAAAUCAUUUUGAAGAACUUUUGCCUUCUCAUGGAGUCAAAUACAUUGAUUCUUUGCCUUUUCAACCAUACACAAACUUGAAGUCUGGUUUGUUGAAUGUCUCAACAUUGCUUCCAGAUGACAUCUUAAAGCUUGACAUGGGACCAAAAUCAUAUAUAGCGUAUGGCUAUGCACAGGAACUGGGUAGAGGAGACUCUGUUACAAAGCUUCACUGCGAUUUGUCUGAUGCAGUUAACGUUUUGAUGCAUACUGCCAAAGUUGACCCUCCUGAGGAACAAAAAGAUGCAAUAAAAAGCUUGAAAAGAAUACAUACAGCGCAGAAUGAAAAGGAGUGUUUUGGGAAUGCUGCAACAGAUGGAAGUUAUACAUCUAAAAUCUGUGAGGAUGCAAAUGAUUUAUCCUCUUCUGAAAUCAGUGAAGUUGAUGAGGGAGGUGCCUUAUGGGAUAUUUUCAGGAGGGAAGAUGUCCCAAAACUGAAAAUGUACCUUGAAAAGCAUUGCAAGGAAUUUCGCCAUGUAUACUGUUCUCCAGUUCUAAAGGUAUCUAACUCUGUACAUGAUGAAACAUUUUAUCUAACAAAAGAACACAAAAGAAAGCUCAAGGAGGAGCAUGGAAUCGAGCCUUGGACAUUUGUGCAAAAGCUUGGGGAGGCAGUUUUCAUCCCUGCUGGGUGUCCUCACCAAGUACGGAAUCUUAAGUCCUGCACCAAGAUUGCCUUAGAUUUUGUAUCACCUGAGAACGUUAAGGAGUGUCUCAGCUUAACCGAGGACUUCCGAAGACUUCCUAAGAAUCACAGGGCCAAAGAAGACAAACUGGAGGUGAAUAAGAUGGUAAUAUAUGCCAUUGAUCAUAUCUUGAGGGAUCUUAAGAAAGAUCUCUGCCCUCCCGACGAAACGGAUUAGAUGGUAUACCAUGUAGAGAUAUCUAAGGUCAAUAAAUAAUAACUUUGCUAGGAAUUUUGUAUUUUGUUGUUAAACCUUCCUAGAAUCUGCGAAGGGAUUUUGAAUUGUACAAUAUAUAACCUUUACUGUGAGUGGUAAUCUAGCUAAUGUGAUAAAAUGUGAUAAAAUGGUACUCCAUUCACUUCCAAAUUUU